AAUGUGAAGCAUGAGAAAACAGCGUGAUCUGGACCUUUGGUGAUUCAUCCAUCCAUGUGUUGAACUAUUUCUAUACACAGCAGGGAAUACUUGUUAAUAAAUUCCUGCUCCUAAAUUAUUCUAGCCAUUAUCAUGCCUACUGGUUUUAAUGGUUCAUUCUUUGGCCACUAUGACGGUGAAAUCUGAUCAUUGCUGUAUUAAAAGACUUUAACAAGGUUUGACUUGAAAUGUUAAAAAAUGUAAAAUGUCUCUGAAAUAAAAAACUUAAACACAUCUCUGAGCUGACCAGUCCUUCAGUAAAUGUCCUCAGUUACUCUGUGCUGCUGUCAGUAAAUGUAAAUAAAUGUGCAGAUGUAUUUAUAUACUCUCCUCGGAUGCCUUAGCCACAUAGAAAACCUGACGCUGCGUUUCCAGGUCGUCCACAGAGGUUUAAAAAGGAGCCUGAAGGUCACUGAACCAAACAUGUGGACAGUCAGAAUAUUUAGAAGAUGAUAAAAGCUAAAAAUAAAACCUUUACACAGACAGACAUGGUGUCCAUGUUAGACAAAGACCCAAAUGUCUGCCUCUGGAUUCACAACAAGUGUCUCCAGUGAUCAGGUAAAACAUUCUGACCACUGAAGCUGAUUAUCUCCUCAUCAUUACAUCUGUCAGUGGGUUGGAUAUAUCAGGCAGCAGAGGAACAUUUUGUCCUCAACGUUGAUGUUAGAAGCAGGAAAAAAGGGAAAGGUGAGGAUGUUAUUAACUGUGUCUUUUUGUGUACGUUUGUUUUUUACCGACAGUUUUCACAGAAGUUUCUUGGAAAUCUGAAAAACCUGGAGACUCUCAUUCAAAUUCUGAAGCGUUUUCAUUCCUGCCAACUUCUCUCAUAAUUAUGGGCUGAUGACUGCAGCCCAACAGACUGACUGUGUCUGGAGCAAAUAAACACCUGGAUGAGAGAGAACUUUCUACAGUUAAAUGAAGGCAGACUCCUCCUCCCCCUCCUCCUCUCUCCUCCUCUCAGUUGGCUCAGUGACUCCUUACCGGGACGGUAUAACAGAAGCCUACAGAGCGGGGACCGGCGGUGGAUGGGGAAGGGCAGUAGCCGCAGCAGCAGCAGUCGGGCGCACCGACCGAAGCAUGCUCCAGUGCAGCCAUGACUUGCUCGGCGUCAGAUAGCGAGAAGAUCGUGAUCAACUGCGGCGGGAUCCGACACGAGACCUACCGGAGCACCCUGAAGACGCUGCCGGGGACGCGCUUGUCUUGGCUGACCGAGCCCGACGCCUACAGCAACUUCGACUACGACCCCAAGUCCGACGAGUUCUUCUUCGACCGCCACCCCGCCACCUUCGCCUUCAUCCUCAACUACUACCGCACCGGGAAGCUCCACUGUCCCAACGAUGUCUGCGGGCCGCUCUUCGAGGAGGAGCUCGCCUUCUGGGGCAUCGAUGAAACGGACGUGGAGGCGUGCUGUUGGAUGAACUACCGGCAGCACCGCGACGCCGAGGAAGCCCUGGACAGCUUUGAGACCCCCGAGCCGGACGCACCCGAGGACGAUCCGGCGCUCACCGGCGGGGCGGACGGAGACCUGAAGCGGCUGUGCAUGCAGGAGGAUGGCCGCAGGGCGACGUGGUGGGAGGUGUGGCAGCCCUGGAUGUGGGCACUGUUCGAGGACCCCUACUCCUCCAAAUACGCCAGGUAUGUGGCGCUCGCCUCGCUCUUCUUCAUCCUCCUCUCCAUCUCCACCUUCUGCUUGGAGACCCAUGAAGCCUUCAACACCAUCUACAACAAAACGGAGAACGUCACCGUGGGCAAUGUGACGCAUGAGGAGAUAGUGUACGAGGUGGUCACAGAUGGCUGGCUGACAUACGUGGAGGGCGUUUGUGUCAUCUGGUUCACCAUCGAGGUGAUGGCGCGCGUCGUCUUCUGCCCCGACAAGGCAGAGUUCUUCCGCAGCGCCCUCAACAUCAUAGACUUUGUGGCCAUCGUGCCCUUUUACCUGGAGGUGGCACUGAGCGGCCUCUCCUCCAAAACAGCCAAAGACGUGCUGAGCUUCCUGCGUGUGGUGCGCUUCGUCCGAAUCCUGCGUAUCUUCAAGCUGACCCGCCACUUUGUGGGUUUGCGGGUCCUGGGCCACACUCUGCGGGCGAGCACCAACGAGUUCCUGCUGCUCAUCAUUUUCCUGGCGCUGGGCGUCCUCAUCUUCGCUACCAUGAUCUACUACGCCGAACGAAUCGGCGCCGACCCAGACGAUCCGACGGCCGCGGCCCACACCAACUUCAAGAACAUCCCCAUCGGCUUCUGGUGGGCUGUGGUGACCAUGACCACGCUGGGAUAUGGGGACAUGUACCCCGAGACGUGGUCGGGGAUGCUGGUGGGGGCCCUCUGCGCCUUGGCGGGUGUGUUGACCAUCGCCAUGCCCGUGCCCGUCAUCGUCAACAACUUCGGCAUGUACUACUCCCUGGCCAUGGCCAAGCAGAAGCUCCCCAAGAAGAGGAACAAGCACAUCCCCAGAGCACCGCAGCCGGGCAGCCCCAACUACUGCAAGCCAGACGCCCUGGCCAUGGCAACCGCCUCACCGCACAGGCUGAUGGGAAAUGUGCUCGGGCCAGGCAUGGUGGGAUCCGGCAGCAUGAUGGGAACCGGAGACUGCCCUCUGGCACAGGAGGAGAUCAUCGAGAUCAACAGAGCAGACUCCAAGCAGAACGGUGAUGCGGCGGCCAACGCGGCGGCCCUGGCCAACGAGGACUGCCCCACCAUCGACCAGGUCCUCGGGGACGAGCGCAGCCCGGACCGGGGCCUCGGCUCCACCACCAGCCGCGAGCGCUACCCUCAUGACCGGGCAUGCUUCCUGCUGAGCGCCGGGGAGUUCCAGCGCACGACGGACGGGAACGUUCGGAAAGCCACGGGUUAUGAGAAGUCUCGCAGCCUCAAUAACAUCUCCGGGAUGACGGGCGCCCCGCUGCGCCUCACCCCCAUCACCAACUCCACCUUCGAGCCCUUCGAGCCGCCCGGCCUCAGGCGAUGCCACUCACCCAUCCCCUCCAUCUUGUAGCAAAACCCCGCAGAGAGCAACAAAAUGCCAACAACAACAGCAACAAGAAAACCUUCUUUUUGUUUUUCUGUUUUUGUUCUGGAGAACAUGUGAAAGAAAAGUAUCACCACUGAAGGAGUGUCCAUCCAUCCCAGCUGCUCUUCAUUCCUCAUCCAUCCUCAUGUCUUCCUCUUGAUAGAACUACAGUGAAUUAGAGUUCCUGGAGCCACUAGUAGGCCCUAUUUAAAACUUUAAACCACAGAAUAGCUUCCAAAUUAAGCUGAGAUAGACGCUUAAGCAAAUGUAUUUUAAAAUACACAGACAUACACUAACACACCUGCCUUACUAACAGGGAUAGAGUCUAGGUUAGUUUAGACUGAUAGUGAGUUAGUUAACCUCUAGCUUUCCCUGUGCUACUUCUUGCCUGUAUUUCAACUGCACUUGCACUUCAAUGCUUUAACACUUAGAGUAGCUACGAAUAAGAGACUUUUUUCUAAUACGAUGCCUCAGAAUGCACACGUUCACACACACAUAGACAAUAACAUAUGACUGCAGCAUGCAUAAGAACAAACACUAUACCUACCAGUAGACGCAAAACAUUUGAUACACAAACCCCUGAAACCGUAGCACCACUGCACCUUUGUAAAAUAAACAUAAAGAAAAGCCACGCAGGCUUUAGAUGUUGACUGUGUUCUCGGUGUAAGCUUUUAGUACAGGGAGAGAGAUUUCAUAUCAGCCCAUAAGCAGCUUAUCUAAUCAGCAGCAUCCAGUCCUCCUCUUUCUUCUGCUUCCUACUUCAGGAAGACCUCAUGGAAAGUAUUUUUAUACCGUGGAUACAGUGGGAACAGAGCAGUGUGGGUGAUGGAGGUCAGAGAACAGUGGUUCCCAACCUUAGACCUCUGAUAGGAAAAACCUGAGCUAGUUAGCUGAUUAAUUAGGUUAAAUAUAUUAUAAGAUAAGGGAAAUUCACAGUAAGAAAAAAGACAAAAAAACUAAUAAAAAGAAAUUAAAAAGAAAGAAAGUAGAGCUACGCAGCGCAUGGCUCUGUAUAUAAUAUAAUUUACUUUUUGAUUUCCUCCUAAAAUGAAGCAGCAUAAGAAAUAAAAACCUCCCUCAUUUAUUUCCUUUCAGCUGCAGGUAGAACCAGGUCAUUAUGUAAAGCAGGUUAAUGUAGGGCUGCUGAUGCUAGGUCCAUAUUUAUAAGAAGGAUGCUCCAUUUCCUGUACAUUUCUAUGGUGGAAUUAUACAUGAUGCUGAAUUAACCUCGUGUACACAAAGCUAGUUAUACUUCCACCCAAAGUCAAGUUUCUGAACAAAUGUAUUGCAAAUUUUACAAAAUAAAGAGAAUUUGGUGUGUUUUCAUCCACUUCUGUUAGACAAAAAGAUGUCGUUAAUUAAAGAGAGCCAAUCAGAACCCAAAAAAACAUUUCUGCUAAUUUCAUGUGUGGAUGCGAGGAAGGUUACAGUUUCUACUCAUGUUUCCAUUUCAGUUAGUUUUGAAAAUGCAUUGAGAAACAAAUGGAUGGAAACACACUGUUAGGGACUUUUACCUUGAAUUAAUUAGAAACAGACUUUCAUCUUGUUUUGUCACACCUGGCUGAGACAGGACAGUGAAGUAAGAAAGGUUUCCAGCCCUCUCUGACUCAAAGAACUCAAGAGUGUAAAUGCUAAAUUGUUUCCUUAUUAAUUUUAAAAGGUCAUGUGAUUAGAGUGUAUUACUUUAAUGAAAUGAUUACUAAAUGUGAUUAUAAGUUUUUAAGGCUUUCUUGAACCGUCUCAAACCACAGAGGUUGGGAAUCAUUGUCUGAAGGGAGGAAAACUGCAGAGCUGAUAGAUUAAAAAAAAAACACUUCAGUUAUUUCAUGAAUAUAAAAAUAAUGUAAAAUAUGUAGGUGAAGACUCAAGUUGAACUCCAGUGUGUACUUAGUGGAAACUGGAGCUGUAGGAUCUGAUCCUCACCAUCACCCCUCACCUGGACUCUCAGCGACGGCUGAGCUGUAAAGACACCAGAACAGAUCAUCGCUUCUCCUUUCUACAUUAUGCUCUCAUUACCUCACUAGCAAAAGUAUUUAAAGGAACAGUACACCGAAGGCUGAUUGGCUUUCUUUCCAAGAGUGACACGAGAAGAUCGAACCAACUCUGUCUGUAGCUGAAGUCCAGAUGUGGUUAGCCUAGCUUAGCUUAAAGCCUGGAGAGUAAACAGCUAGCCUGGCUCUGUCUAAAACAGGAAGUGGCUCAUUUACAUGGAGUUUUUUGUAACUUGUGUAUGAAAUGAAAUGCAAACACAACGCACCAGUUGGACUUUCAGAAGGUUUUAUGUGCUGAAAAUGUUUCUUAACAAUGGCCAGGUGCAGUGAAAGCACACGUUUAGCUUUGUUUCACCUGCACAUGGGUAAUAUGUUGUUCAUGGAGACGUAACUCCAGCACAUAGCUCACUUUAAAUCCUCAGAGUGCUUUUUUUUCAUUUGGCAGUUGUGUUUUGUGUAUAGAUUCAAUCAAAAGGUACUCACUAGCAGCAGUACAUCUAGACCUGAGACAGGCUAUCAGUUUUCCCCUCUGCACCUAGCUUUUAUGCUAAGCUAGGCUAAUCACACCCUGACUCCAGCUUUCAACUUAAACCUGCUGUGCAGAACUUUUGUUUUCUGGUCUGGCAGUAAAAAUAAUCACACAAACACUUUGGUUGUGUGCUCAUGACGAUGAUUGUGUUCUUUUUAAGGCUGCCGGGGCGAGAAUGUCGAUUUAAAACUCCAGCAUGCUGUGAAAUAGAGAUUUACUGAGAGCUGAUCAGCUUCAUCAGCACUUUGUGACCUCAUUUGGAAAAGACGUUCAUUUCUAUGUGUAGUCCAGAUUUAACACACAGACAUGUUGUCAGAAAGAAAGCUAAUCAGCAUAUUUCCCAAAAGCUAUUCCUUUAAGAUGGCGGAGGAAAUGACUUUGUGUCUACUGGAGAACAUUGCAGCUCAGCCUGGGGGUGAGACGUUCUCCUCAGGUCAUCCCACCUCCAUCAUCACCCCCAGCAGCGUUACUACUUGCACUGACUCCAGUGUGACUCAGCAGCCAGUGGCAAUAUUUUUAGUUUUCUCCCUUUUUGGCUUCUCUUUCUUUCCCUGUUUUUGCCCCCUCUUUACCCUCUCCCUGCCCCCUCCUCUCCUGUCCGUCCAUCUCUUCUUUGUUUUCGGGUUCGGCUGCUCAGUAGGAGGCACCGUGAACGGCUACUGGAGCGACAGCCCGUGGUAGAAGAAGAAGAAGAGCGGACGCUGAACACCACAGGAAGAAGAGAGAGAAUGAACAACAGGGAUGAACGUAGAAAUAUGCAAUGUAGAUAAAAGAGACGGCAGCAGUGGGAUCUGUGUGUUCAGAUAUGUUGUAUCUGCGGCACGCCUGACCAGAGUGCACGUGGAUGUUUGUGUGUGCAUGUGUGUGCUCAGAUCUGCAUCUACCUCUGGACUGAGAUGCACAAAUGUCAACUAGGAAGAAAACAUUUCCCUUUAAGAAAACGGUUCUUUCAGUUUAGUUUUGGUGUUUCUGAUCUGUGUGUGAUUAUCUUUCUAUAAAAGUGUGGACUUUUGUUGCUUCCUUUUUGUUUUAAACUCUUUUUUUUUAAAUGAUUUUUUGUGUAGAAAUGUAUUUCAGAGCUACAAUGUGAACCAUAUUCAUUGUAGAAGACAGUGAUUCUGUGUCUGUUGGUUAAGUUUUUUUUUCUGUCCUCAACUGUUGCUCUCAACUUCCUUCUCUCCCAGCAGAAUGUAAAAAUCAUUAGUUUUAUCAUCUUAGACAUGCUGAAAGAGGCUUUAUGAAGCAUUGAAUCCGACCAAAAAGAAAAAAGCAAACAUAAAAAGUGACGCAUUGCCUUUCUGUUUCUGAUUUACAUUCAGACUGGGAGUGCUGGGAAGUGAGAGCACCGACUGAGAAGAUGGUUUUACAUUUAAAAACUAAGUUUGACAUUUUAGGAAAGAUUCUUAUUCUCUUUCUUGCUGAGAGUGAGACAUAAAUUUCACAUCUUACAGUUCUGGGCUACAGCUAGAAAGUGAUCAGCUUAGCGUGUUGAAUGUGGGUUCCUCCAGAGACAGAAACGUUAAACCUCCAGUUGUCUUCAUUUACAGGCUCCUUGUCUGGGGAAAAAAAAAUCCAAAAAUUCAGCAAAAAAAUCCCCAAAUUUCUGAAAAUUUGCAAAGCUUUCAGGAAGAAAAUUCCAAUAAUUCCUCAAAGUUUCCCUUAAAAGUUUUAUUUAAAAAUUACCCAAGAUUUGGCAAGAAAAUUCUUAUAAAUAUUUUCCAAAAAUGAGUAAAAAUCUUCCCCCAAAAAAUCCUAAAAAUACCUAAAAUUAUUACAUAUAUAUCAGUAAAACUUCUGAUAUUUUCUUUAAGAAUGUUUACCAAAAAAAUCAAUGAUUUUUGGUGAAUAUUGUUAAACCUUUUUUAACAAUCCUUUUUCUUCCACCAAAAAAUGUUCACAAAUUUCCCUAAAAUGUUGAAAAUGUGGACAUCAGGAGUUUCACUGUGAAAAUGUUUUUUUUUUUUACACAUUUUCAAACUUUAAAACGGGUCAAUUUGACUCGUGGGUUAAGCAACACUACGACAGGCUCGCUAACGAUCACAUUAUUAACUAGUAGCUGAACAGAAGUGAUGACUAAACUGCAUGGGAAUUCAGCUGCAAGAUGUCCUUGAAAAAGCUCAAAUUGUCAUUUUUACGCUUGUGUACAGUAAGAGCUGGUAGUUUGCGGGCUGCAGAGGUGUUUUUUUGUCUUUGCUAAGCUAGCGUCACCUCCUGGCUCUAGCUCUAGAUUUACAGACUGAUCCCGCUCUCUGCAAGAAAGUGAGGUGAUUUUUUCGCCCCAAAAUGUCGAGCUAUGGUUUGAACUUUCUGUGACUCUGGUUUUGGGGCCGGGCAGUUUUUUUUUUCUGUUUCCUGUUUAGCCUGGCGCUCAGUUUCUAAUUUGCCUCAGAAGUGCAAAUGAAUAAUUUAGUGGUAUUAAUCCAGUGGAAGUUCAGGAUUAGAUUCCCGGUUAGAAAAUCAUUUUACACCCGGCACACACACACACACACACACACACACACACACACACACACACACACACACACACACACACACACACACUGAAACACUGGAUCUGUGUAUCGUUUCUCUCCAUGUCAUCCUCUCCUGAUCCUUGUCUCCUUUCCUAACUUGUUCUGAGUGUUCCUGUCACUUUUCCCCCCCGAAGCCACUGCUGAUUGGUCGCUUCUGUCAUGACAAUGUACAUAUGUAAAGUUUGCGUUGUAGAUGAAUCUGCAUGGGUUUCCAUCGCAAGCAAUAAGGAUAUUGAUAUGACUAAUAAUGUGAGGAGGUUUGAUAAGGUUUUAGUCUUAAGCUUAAAUGAAUGUGUAUAGAACAUUUAGACUACUAAGAGUGUGUAUGGAUGUAUGUGUUUAGACGCAUACAUAUGCACUAACAAAAGCAUGCAGGACAAAAAUUCCUUCGCCUCUUUGAAUGCAAGAAGAGGUGAGACGGGCUGACGUAAUGCAUGCCAAAAUGCUAUGAUGCUAUUGGUCGAAACAGACCAAGUUAGGUACUGUAACGGGGCCGGGUGAGGGUGGGAAAGUUUAUUUUUGCAGGAUGGGGAGGGGUUACGUUUCUAGUAGGUCUUGUAUAGCUGCUUUCUUAUCGAUCUUGAGAGACUUAUGAUAAGAGAAACAUAUUAACAAUCGUAGCUUAUGGUUUUCUUUCUUGUUUUUUGCUUCUCUAUUCACAGAGAACUGUUCUGAAAGCCCCGCGCUUAUCAGAUAUAUGCAAAAAGAAGCAGUAACUGUGAACUAAUGCUAAGAAAUGAAAAAAAAACAAAAAUCCAGCUUCUUCCAUCAAUGUCUCGACUCCUCUUCUGCAAGAGAGAAGAGAGACCCUUCUCCUCCCAAGAUACCUCCUCACCAAAGUUUCCCUUUCCAUCGUUUUCAUUCGUCCGCUCCUUCAUUACCCGUCGUUUCCAUCUGUCCUGUCCGCUAUACUUGCAUUUAAACUUGAGUGAUUUUAGCAGACGGAUGCCUCUGCAAUGCAAGAAUGAAAAGAUUCAAUGCAACCUCAAAACCAAGGGUGAGAAUGAACCAACCAGGUGGCCUCAGGCAGAACAUGCCCCUUUAGAACACCUCAAUUCUUCUGGUUCUUUCAGCUCUAAUUCCAUUGAAUCUAGAGGUGUUUAAGAAUAUCGCCCACCCAAUCUUCUGAUAGUUCAUCUUUACAUCCAGUAGUUUAAUCUGUCAUAACCAAAGUCUUUCCCCUACCUUAACCACAGUUAUUAUUGAAAUAUAUUGAAAGCUUCCUAAAAAUGAAGAAAAAAACUGACAUUCAGUGCAGCCCAUAGUCUUGCUCAACAGUCCUUUGUCAAUGGUGUCCAGUGUCAGGUUCAUUGGUUUGCAUGUUGCUACACAAAUUUGGAGUUGACAAAAUGAUCACAAAUUAAUUACCACACCAUUAAACGAAGAGACAGUUGGUUUUCUGGUCCAGGACCUUUCAAUAGUUGGUAAUCCUGUUAUCAGAAAGGGUUUACUUCAUGAUGGAACCUAAGAUUGGAGACUUCCACAUGCUGGAGAUGUGCACUCUUCUAGGGGAAGCUUCCCUCAUGAACAAGCCUCAGACCAGUUGGAUGCUUCAUGAUCACAUCCAAAGUCUAAAAAUCUUUGCAGAAGUUGCGUUGAAUUGACACUGCAGAGGCAACCUUCUAACAUGGAAGCUUGAGGAUUGUUGAAUGCAGAUUAUCAUUGGCUCCUACUUGAUGUCCUUUAGCUUCUGAACCCCGUCGGCCACAUUUCUCUCCUUCCCAUCUAUUCACAACUCAGGUAUCUCUUUCUCAGUCUCUCCUUCUGUGCCCUGUGUUCCUGUUCAACCCAUGUUUCCUCAAAGAUGUACUGUAUGUAUGAAAAACGGAGAGACUAGAGAAAAAAGUUGAGCUUUCGUUUCUGUUCUGUGCCUGUGAAUGCUAUGUGCUCUGUUUUAAGGCCCCUCCUUCAGAAAUGCUGUUGCUUUAACUUGUCCGACUGCUUCCUGUCUUCUUCGUGUGUCGUCCCCUCGUCUUUCCGCCCUUUCCCCCCGAUAACUGUACCUCACCGUCUGUGAGACGCCAUCCAUUCCCCCACCCAGAAGCCUCUCACAGCAAAACCAAAAAACAGGAAAUAGAGUGCAAUUGGAGAACCUUCACACCAGAAAAACUAAAAAAGAUUGGCCUAACAGUGGACUUCACCGAGGAGGAAGACAGCAAUGGACACUGUAAUGAAUGGAAAACACUGGAGUGAGAUGUUGUGGAUGUGGAGGAGGGGAACAAAUGUGCUGUGAAAUGAUGUGUUCUGAGAGGAUGGUCAGCCGAGCAGCAUCAGAGGGAGGAGAUGGAGGAGGAAAAGUUUGGGCAAGACAGAAAAGUGUGGUGAUGAUGAGGAGGAGGAGGAAAGAAAGAAAGAAGCAAAAAUCGCUUCUCCAUUGCUGAGUUUCUAACCCACCCACCCUUUCUGUACAAGAAGAGGAACCUAUAAACUCUAAGCUGCUGCUCCUCCAUCUCCCCCAGUGGGACUCACUGUAGAAAUUGGGAGGGAGAUAGAGAGAAAGAGAAAAAAGAAAAAGGUGUCACCGAACAUUUCCAUCAUCAUAUGCAACCCAGCGAAGAGAAAAGCUUGUGAUCACAUGUAAGCCAUUCUAACAAGGGAGACCGAACAUCUCCAGCUCUUCUGAACUGAUUUCCAGAGCUUGGAGGCCUUCAGCCCGGGACACACCGGGAUGUGGAACCAUGCGAGAAAGAUGCCCUCUUCUUUCCACAGCUGUGUGUCCUUUAGUUGUCAUAACGCUUAACUGGCCACUCUUUUUUCUUUUUUUUCUUUUCGAGAAGCUGCAUUCACUGCUGUUGUUUCCAGUGAAUGCUCCAUUAUUUUGGCACUCGAAGCACUAUGCAAGGUGAGGGGUGGACCAUCGUGAUGUCUAACUGCAGAGUCUGAUCUGCUAAUCUCUGCUGAGCAACAGGACCUCUAACAGCAGGCUGAAGUCUACUCAUACAUAUCAGAAAACGCCAGCCAUAUCACACACACACACACACCACAUGAUCCUGUCUAUUUGAUAUUAUCUGAAUCUUCCAGGAGACUAUUGACUGAACAUCUUGGGACUUCAAGUUCAACUGAUCAUUUUGAAUACUCGGUUUUAAUCCAUCCUGGUGGAGUUUAACCCAAAGACAGACUCAUGGAUGGACGAACCGGUCUGUGUGAGCACGAAGCUGGCCAUAACAUCUGUCCGAAUUAAAGGAGGUGUCGCUGAGGCCGAAGAUGCGAUUGACCCUCUUUAUCUCUUUCUCGCUCUCUCUUUCCCUCUCGAGUCUUUACGGCAUCUCGCCCCGCCACCCCCACCUCCCCUCCCUGCAUCUCAGCAUCGCUGCUGCUCCUCCUCUUUAGCAAAUCUGCAUGGCAUGAAUGAAACCAAUUAAAACCCGAAGAAAGACAGUCAAAGACACAAUGGAUGGAUUUAAUAAAUAAGGGGGGGAGAGAGAAGGGAAGGAGUCCAUAAGAAAGGGGGAGAGAGACCACAGGUUUCUUUUUGUUUCCACCCAGCAAUGUCAAUGCAAAGUCAUCAUCAUCAUCUUCAUCCGAGCUACUUUUUAACCCCCUAACUGGCUGCUAAUAUGUGCAAAACAGCAUCUCCUGCAGCAAACUGCUCUCUCUGAAGGCAUGAUGGAUGAGGAGGAGCCCUAACCCUCCUCUGAGAGACAGAGGGAGGUGGGGGGAGGAGAUUCUGCGGACCAUACACUCUAUACCUCUGGGGAUGUGGGAGAAGACAGAGGCUUUUUAAAGAAAGCAGGUAUUCAGCAGGAGCAGGAGAACAUCUUUGAGAAACUACUCUAGGGACUAAAAAAAAAGAGGCAAUGAUUGCAAAUUAGAAAUGCAUUUUUAUGACAUUGUUUACCAGCAUGAAUAUUCUGCAUGACUUCUGCAAGCCACUCUGAUCUCCCCCAUGAAUAACAGGGCUAGAAAUUGAGAAUUUAAAUGUGAAAAUUUAACAAGAUGAUGUUAUAUGCAACAGAGUAAAAAUGUAGGCUUGUUUGAAAAAAAAAAAGAUUUUCUCCAUUUAGUUUUUAAUGAUAAAAACACAUAUAAGAAAAAAAGGGUUGCAACAUCUGCCCUGUUCUGUUUUCUUUAGGAUAUCUUAGGAGACCCCUCCAUCCCAGCUCUCUAAAAUCCAAAAAGAGUCCUCCCAACUUCUGCAAGUAUUUAUUCUGCUACUACGAGUUCGUCUACUACUACUUCAACUUCUCACCUGGCUGCUAUUCUGCUUCUUCUUCCUCCUUCUUCUUCUCUUUCUUCUUCCUCUUGUAGCCUUUACCAGAACCCUUAUAUGUAACUCUCUCCAAUGGCAGCUGUGUGCGUCUGUAUCACUAUCUGGACCCAAGACAACCAAACUGAUGUUGAACUGAACUGUGCUGUCCACUCCAAGAUGUCACUGAUUCUGUGUAUUCUGUGAAAUGAAACGUGUACCUGGUCCCUUUCCUUGGAACUUUCCUCUUGGCCUUGAUAAGGGUUGAUAUCCGAGGCGUCACCUUUGAGGUCAGACAGGUCGACUGAGGUCUGGGUGAAGACAGGAGGAGAGGGUUCUCACUGGUCAGUUUACUUCCUCAGGUGCAAAGGUACGAGAUGGCUGCCUCAUCAUCCACGAUUGAUGUUUAGCUACUUUGGAUUUAUGUAUUUUUCCUUCCCCUGAGCAAGUAAUUUUUUUUUCAAUUCUUUUUCAUCAAGGUUGGGGCCAAAAUGAGAUAUUCUGAAUGGGAUUAUGGUUAGAGAAUGGGGAAUUGCUGUUGUAUGAUGUGUGAGUUCAAUCUAAAUGAGCUCUAUAUACCCCCAGCUAAUCACCGAAGAAAACUUAGAGGCCACUAAAAGUCAAAACUCAACUAAAGCUAAAAUUUUACUCACUCAAUUGAAUUUACAGUUUCAUUUAAUUAAAUAUUAUCUCUGUGCUAAUGUUGGACCUGACCAUAUAUCCUUAAAUACUUAUUUUUUGUCCGAAAAUAGUCACAUUUCAUCAAAAAAUAACCUUAUUUCAUGUUUACCACAGACAUGACAUGAGUGUUCUCAGUGGUAGUACAGAAAGUUGGUGAAAGAAAACAACUGUGGUAGCUAAUGAAGAAUCAAAGAAAGAGAUAUGUGUUGUCAGAGAUUUAGAGAGGAAAAGAAGGAUGUCGUCUGCAAAUGUUCGGUCCAGUAGCUUUCUAAUGGUGUAGCUUCACAAACCCCCAGGUGAGAGGAUUGUACAGUCCCAAGAUAAAUGAAAUGAAUGAUGGCAUGUUCUCUUCAUCUUCAGUCAACUCUUAGUUUCUUUCACACACAAAAAAGAAUCACUUCUUCACGCUGUUCCUUGAUACAUAUGAAAUGUAGCUUAGUUUGACAGGUGUUUAUUUACUGAUAAUAUCGAUAAUUCCCCUUUGAUGACACCAACAAGUAAUUAUAGUAUAUUUAGUGUCCUUAGAAUAAUACAACUAAAUGCAGGCCUAGUAAUCAGUGAGACCAUCUUCAUGCUGGUACAUCAGUCUGUUGUGAGAACAAGUUACCGCCUACCUAAACAUGUUGUAGCUACUAUAUAAGAAAGACUUCAGCAGUUGGUUUGUGCAGUAAUACACUACAACAGCAGACAAAAUCACAACCAACUGUCCUACAACACAGUGAAACAGGGCGAGUCUGUCAGGAGCAGGGUGGGAUGACAGAAGAGGCCCAGAUGUGCAGUGAACAGCUCAUCAGUUAGAGCAGCUCUGAAGGAUUAGCGGGGGUUCUCACAGGGUGAAAGGCAGCCAUCUCGGCUCUGUAUGUCCAAACAGGGUUGGCCAAUAAACCCCCAUUACCAGAAACAGUAGAGACAGUUCUGCUGGGCUGUGAAGGAAGAAGCAUUUUCGCACAAUCUGUGGAUAGAUUUAGAUAAACUAGAUAACAGGGAAAUAUACAGAAAGAUGGAAGGUGGCAGAAACCCUCUGAGAGGCCUGAAAGCUGCAGGUAGCAGACAGAUGUGUUAUUAUAAAACAAAAAAAGUGGUACAUGGUGAGACCAUCUGGAUUUGGAUUGUGCUCAUUUUUCAAGCUGUUUUUAUUGUGUUGAUUGCUUUGUAUUUUGUUUGUGAGGCCAUGUGGGCUCACCACCUGGGCAAAUGUGUUCUAAACUGCAAACAUGGAUGGAUUACUGAGAAGAUUUAGUACACAGGCCCAUGGGAGCCUAAUGUCUGUUUGAAGGGACUAUUAGCAUGUUUUGUUUCUUGAAAGUCAAUCAAAUGACCAUCAAGAGAACCAAAACAACUACAAAGAAACUCAAAACAACUACAUCAAGGCUCAAAACAUUGUUUAAAGAGAAACAAAACAACUACAAAGAGACACAACUACAAAGAGACACAACUACAAAGAAACACAACAACUACAAAGAGACACAACUACAAAGAGACACAACAACUACAAAGAGACACAACUACAAAGAGACACAACUGCAAAGAGUCUCAUAACAACUAUAAGGAGACUCAAAACCCAUAAUGACAACAAAUGGAGAGAAUCUCUUUCUCUCUGUGUCGUGCAGCUUUGUAGACAUUGUGCAGGAGAUUUUCCAUGUCUGUCCCUUCCACCAGCCGUCUCAGAAUCCAUCCAUGUGUGUAGGUUUUCCAUGUUGUGGUAGACAUGCAGUCAAGCUGUAAACAAGCCUAAAUAUUCCUGCUGAUAUCUUCUUCCCCAAAUGUCUAACACAUGAAAGCUAACAAACAUUUGGAUCCCCCUUACAAAAAAUGUUCAACAUAAUGCUUUCAAUAAGGGCUAUUGAGCUGAAAGAGCUGUUUCUGGAAAGCUAUUGCUAGUUUAAAAAAAAAAAUGCUAAAAGGUGGAACUUCAAAACUAUAAUCUCACUACUGAUAUCAAUUCUUGAACCUGAAACAUCUCAAAAUGCAUUUUUUUAGCUGUGAAAUGUGGGCAUUGGGAACUUAUACAAGAUGUGUUUGGUCUGCUGCUCUACAUCGUGCACAUUUAUGUGGUUUGUCACUAGGGCUGGACCCGAAUAUCCGAAUAUUCGUUCGCUACGGCGGUAUCCGGAUAUUAAUUUUGGUAUCCGAAUAUUCGCCCCGCCCCCGUCGGACGUUACGGGGCAGAACGAAUAUUCAGAUAUUCGUCUUUAAUAGGGCCCAAAUUUGUCACACAGGAAAAUUCCCUUAAAUUUGAUUAUCUUUGCAUUAUCAGCAACUCUCCAGAGGAGUGCUUGAUAAAUUGAAGUUAUUGACCGUCCGAGGCUCUCAGACUGCUUCAGCUUGUGAGUUUGGCAGUAAAGUUUCCACACACUGGCCAGAUGCCGGUUUGGAAAUUUGAAUUCAGGCAAAGUCCAGAAGCUCACUAAAAGUUCUAUUAGUUUUUGGUUGUCAUAAUUUGCAAUUAAUAAACAUAAAUUGUAGCAUUGACUACAUCAACUCGAGGGAUCCUUCAGGUGAUUACAAAUUAAGUUUGGUUUGCACAACAUUGUGGGAAACAAAGAGUUUAAUGUUGGAAAAAACAGAUUCGACGGUAUGUGUGCGGUUUUUUCUUUGGUUUUUGCAUUGUGAAUAUUCCUGUAUCAUCCUGGAGGAGUCUUAACAAAUGACAGGGAGCCAAAAAUCAAACAGAAAACAGGGCCUAUCUCAGGAAAACACUGUUGAAAAUCAGAGAGGCAGAACAUCUACACGUUGUGAUGCUGCAGUAUGUAUUUUCAAGAAAGUUUAAAUACUAAUUUCAAAUUAAUAUUCUGAUCAUUUCAAUGAGUAAAUCUGGAUCUCUACAACUUUACUUGAAGCCUGGAAAUAGAUUUCUCUGUCUGACUUUGUCCUUCCACACCGUGCUAGUGUGGACUUUUUCUAAGUGGUUGUGUAUGGGAUGAGAAGAACCGGUUUGGAUAUUUUAUAUCACAUGUCUUCCUAAAGGUAUAUAGUACAGCUUCAGAAAUGUCAGAAUAAUAACAGUCUACCAUGUACUGUAUCGUAGCUAUACCAAGAUGAACACAACUUCUGUCAGUGUCAUUAAUUCUGUUGGGUGUUGUGCUUUCGACAUUCAUUUAUUUGCUAAAACUGUAUUUUUGGUUUACAUAUAUAUAUAUUUUGUAUUUUGACACAUGCAAUUACGAUGAAUUAUGAACAUGAAGAUUAUAACAAUGCAUCUAUAAAUGCUUUUGUAUUCGAGCAUGCAGUGAACAUAAAGAGAGCCUAUGCACGCACCAUGUUGGGCUACAGGCUUCAUGUCAUUGUGCUGACGGAAACGUUCGGUGUCCUGAUGUCAGGUUUCAGAGGUUUAAACUGAGAAGAAAGUAGAGCUUCAUGUUUCAGACCUUUAACCUGUGUAUGUAGAAUAUUGCCAAAAUCAGAAUUGCCCAUUAAGUUGUUGUGUUUAUCGUUAGCUGUAGUCCAUGCAGGUUAGGGGUUUUAUCAGAACUAAUGGAUAUUCUUAAAUGUAACGUAAAGGGGCACUUCACUGAUCCAGUUGAGAUUUAUGAAGGACAGAUUUCCCACCUUUAGUAAACCUAGGGAUCUUUUAAACUUGAUCCCAGCAGCUUGCAAUGCAUGUUUUCCAAUGAAAAAAGUUUUAUCCUCAGAGCAUAAGCCAAAGUUUUGACAUCAAUACGACUCCAUAAAACUUUUCCAGAGCAACAGAAGAUUCCUCAGUAAAUUUAUCAGGGUGCCCCUUUUAGAUCAUUGGUGUAACAGAACCCCUGACGGUCCAACCAGAAACCCUCCUGGGUUCACAGUCCUCAUGAAACCAAUGCCUGCAAGUCUGUAGUGGAGAUCAUGUUGUCGUGUCCGGAGGCUGCAAAUUCUCCUUAUUUCACGCCAAAAGUGAGUCCGAAAAUUACAAAACAGCUCAUUGACACUGAAAAAUAAUCCCCAAAAAUAUUCCCAAUCCUUCUGGAGUUCUGCUGAGAUCAUCUCUGCAACAGUCUGAGAACAUUUCACCGUCAGAACGAAGGUAUUCUGUGUCUCCACAGUCUUGUUUCCUUUAAACCUCCCUGCUUUCAGACGUAAUAAAGACUUGUAGGGCAAUGUGAUGGCUGUGCAGCUCCAGUCAGAUGUAGAAACCUUGGUUGUUCCACUGCAGCACAGUGGGAACAGAGCAAUAAUGGUACAAGCUCAUUUAAGGGUCUCUGGUUUGGGUUAUUUUGCAUGUCUGAUGUGUAAGAGAGAGAGCAUGCUGUGACCAGACAAACGGCUGAACUAACCGAUACCGCUAUCUUUACUUGAAACCCAUACGAAGAUCAAACAUAUCAGGACAAGAUGCAGAGGAGCGGCUCUGCCCAUUGUCACAUCCGCCACCUUUCUUUAACGCCGACUGGAGUUUUGAAGGCCUUUAUGUACGCACGAGCAUUUCAGGAAGUCAGGAGCCGUCUGGUUGGUGGCUGGAGAAUCGAGCAGAGAUAAAAUGUGGAACAAUUUGAACCCAAGCAGAGCCAGAACCAGAACAAUGGAACUUCGGUAGACACUGUGAGCUAACAGGUUUAUCCAGACUGUAGGUCUAGACAAAAUAAUCCUAACUCAACACCUAGCUAACUAGUUCAUCCAGACAGCGUAGGCCUAAAUGGAGUCAGCUAAACCUUCAACAAGUAACUUAACUGGAGGUCUGUUUAUCCAGAUUGAGCAGGGCUAGAUGGAGCUAGCUAGAUCUUCAACAAAUAAUCCUAACUCAUGGUCGAGCAAACUUGUUUAUCCAGGCUGCAGUAGCUAAUUUAGACCUGACUAAAUCAUCUUAACUCAGGGUCCACUUAGCUUAUGGCUAGAUGGAUUAAUCUUAAUCUUCUAGCUCACACUGUUUGGAUAAACUAGCUAGCUGUAAAUGAGGACUAAUACUGCUCUCCCCAGCUGAGAACUCGACUUUUAGUUAAAUUUAUCAAACUAAUUCGGGCCAGUUCUACUUUCCUACACAGUCUAGUUGAAGUAGUUGUUAGUAUGAAGUCUUGUAGUCCUUAGAAAAGUUCUAGCAACCCUGCUAGUUCACAUUUUAAACAGACUUGAGUUAAGUUUAGGUGUUAAAACACUAUAAACAAUGUUGUGCGUCAGCUAGUAUUUUAGGCUCUAAAACUCCAGUCUGCGUUUCCGCGGUAACCUCUCCUCCUCUCCAUCCCAUGCUCCUCACCUUUCCUCUAUCUCUCUCUCUCCACGCUCUCCUCCUCUUCCUCCUCCUUCUUCCCCCACCUCCUCCUUCAGUUACUUUGAGGAAGAAGCUUCUUUUUGCAUCCCUUGUUCUUGUGUUUUUGUAUCCUGUUUUUUUUUUUCAAGAUGAAUUCUAAAUGCAUGCAUGGGAAACUUCAAAAUGACGACUUUAACUUAAUUGCGAAUGGCCUUGUGAAGGGAAGCCUCUCCUCUGACGACAGGAAGCAGUCUUCUUUUCUAACUUUCUCUGUCAGGUUGGAAAACAAAGUGUGGGGACACAACCAAGAAAAGAAAAGAACCACAUUUUAGUUGCUUUUCAUGCUUUAAACCAGGUGUGGAUGUUUUCACAGAGCAGCAGCAGGCUCAGUUUCAUGAGUCUAGUCGGGGCUUUCAAGAAGUUUUGCUAAAUCAAGCAGAGUGAUCCUUCAUGUUUCCAUGUUACCUUUUCAGAACAUAUCCUAAGGAUAUAUUCCUGGGUCAUUAUUCACCGUCAUCUCCUGCUCCAGUGCUGUACCAUCUGUUCAUCCAUUACUUUUACUGGAUUUGGUUUUUCCUCUUAUCUUGUGCUCAUUUUGGCGUGCCUUCUCUCCUACCUUCUGCUGUGGGCUACACAUCAGUUUGGUUAGCUGGUUGUUUAGUUCAUGAUGUCACCACCUGGAUAAAUAGUUGGUUUGUGUCCACAGAGAACAAAAGAAGGACGACAGAAGCAGAAAGAUGAGAGGCUUCCCUCCAUUGACGAAUGGGGUUUACUGUAUGCUAUAAAGACUGAUGCUGGAUCAGAUUUUAUUGUCACUGCACUGGAGAGAGGAGAAUAAAAAAAAGAAAUAAAUAGAAGAAAUAAAAAGAAUCAAGAACUGUAUAAAAUAUAUUUCAAUGGAAUGUUUAUUAUUUACCUUUUUCUAUUUUUGAAACAUGUAAAAGAACAAAAAAGGUGAAACUGUAAUAUUUCAGCAGCAUUUGUGAAAAAGAACAGUUCUGCUGUUAAAAACGUAUGAAGGUUUGACUGUGAAUGCUGAUUUACCUGAGCAACUCUCCUCCUUACCUGAUAGGAUAAAUAAAAACCAGAUGAAUAAUACUUUAAAAAAAAAUCACAAAACUACUGGGAAAAAGCAAACAAACUCAGUUCAAAGAGAAAACCUCAAAAACUUAAUAAAAACAUUAAAAGCUUAUGCCAAAAUGUU